AUGUCUACUCCGAAGCACUCGUCGACUGAAGGCAGCGGCAGUGAUGAAGAACCGCAUUCACCAUCCACUGCAGCAGCGGCGCGCAGCCUGUUGAGUCGCGGCCGAGGCAACAGCCGUCAAUCGACUAAGGGAAGCAAAAGAACACGAGCAGGCCGGGACAACAAACAGACAUCUCGAGAAGCUAGGCAAUCUAAGCGACCCUACUGCACCAUUGCCUGCAUCCGCGGUAUGGUCAAUCGAGACCCUCUGGAUAAAGAAUGCCCUAACUGGAAGCUCCACGGUGGUCAGAGACACCCCAUGGAGCCCCAGGAGUUCACACACCAGCUUCACCGUCAACUUGCACGAGACCGAGGCCUUGGGUUCGAACAACUGCACGUCUGCGGUCGGACGGGCUACCUGGUGAAAGCCACCCUUCUCUCACACGGAUACACCGUGAUCAUUAAAGCUACCACGGUGCAGAAGCAGCAUCGCCUUCAAGCGGAGGCGAACAAUUAUCAUCACCUCAGGAGCUUACAAGGACAUCAGAUCCCCGUCUGUCUUGGCGUCUUUCAGCCACGGGUUACUUAUUGGUACCAUGGCGAAUUAAUGGCCCAGAUGAUGAUCCUGAGCUGGUCUGGAACGCGACUUCAGCGUGUGAUUAAUUACGAGAAUUCCAGUUUCUUCGAGGAGGAGCGCAAGAAAGCUUUGGCCAUGCUCCGAUCGCACGGAGUUGUCCACAGCGAUAGUGAGUGGCGCAAUAUAUUGUGGGAUGACCCGAGUGGCCGGUUGGUUGUCAUUGACUUAGAGGACGUGAAAUGGUUGAAGCGCCCUCGGGCUCUUGAACCAACAUCUGGCAAUACACGGCGUGUUCAUCGCGCUGGGGCGGGGAAAAGCAGGCAAGGGCUCCUGUCCAGCUCAACCGCUGUUUGCACAUGA